CAAACCUUAUUCUCAACAUAUGCAACAAAAAUGUUGUUGUUUACCUACUCAAAAAGCAUUUCUUAUGAUUGUUUAUCUAGAUAUUAGCAGAAUCAUUUGGGGUUUAAACUACUACUAUUAUUAUUUCUAGGAACAGUGGCAUGUGCCUUCAUGUUUUAAAAAGACUCAUCCCUUUCUCUUAUUAUAUCCAUCAUGGAUAUUAUCAUAAUUGUAUUUCAGUCCUCCGUUGCUUUAUACAUUAAUAUGAGAGCAUUAAAACAGCAAAAUAAAAAACCUAUCUUCAUCUAUAGAAAAUUGAAAGUUUUAAGUAUAUGCUUUAACAUACUUGAUCGAUUGAUUGUUCCUAUUAUCAAUUGUACCCUCAUUUUUAAAGAUGUAAUAACCCUAAUAUUUAGGAUUAAUAAGAAGCAAGAUCACAGUACUGUGUACUUGAUAUUUUUGUUGCUCUCAUUAUAACUGCAAUCAUAUGGAAUCUUAUUGAAUAUUAUUUCUAUACUAUAGUAAGAGAUUUUGUCAUGAUUCUACAAUCCUCAUGUAUACUUUUUUUCUAAUUUAGAAAAUCGAUCAUUACGUU